AUUAAAUCGUCUGGAGGCAGUGUCACUGCGCCAGCUCGUAAGAACAGCAGUUGCAGUGGAAACAACAAGAAGUAGAUCACGAGGUUUUAUGCCUUCUGUAAUUGCACCUUUCGCGCCUGCUGCUCGUAGUCCAUCGUAUGUCCUCGUCUGCUUCUUCACGUUCUUCGUUUUCCUGUAGCAAGUCUAUGGUUCUUGCAUCUCUCGACGGUCACGGUCAACACAGCACGACGCUCAUAUCGCGACCUUCCGGAGACUGCGGCGACAUGAUGGGGUUGGGGGUAGUACUCGAAAAUUAUUACCCUGUACUGCUAGAGGAACAAGAGCCACCAGCAGAGACGAAAAACAACUGCCUCGUCCGCAGCCCUUCUCGACAACCAAGGAGCGUCUCCUCCCGGUCGCUCUUGGUCUUGCGCAAGAAGAUGACUGGUACGUCCGGCGGUGAACAAGAUGUUGACUCAGAUUCUGUGCAGCAACUACAAAAAAGUGAAAUAGCUGAAACCACCUCGUCCACGUGCGCACAAAGAAGGACGUUUUUACCGCCUUCUCCGAUAGUAUGCUGGUCGGGCAGCUCGAGUGGAGCAACUGCGAGCAGGUGGUUCGCUGCAUCCGCGUCGCUGGAGAACUGCAGGAGAACGCGCCAGCGUCGAGCACCAGCACAGCGACAGCGACUGAACUACCGUUGGCCCGUAUCUUGUAAGAGCACAUGCACAGCAUCAGUAGAAACCAAGCGAUGCAGAAAGUCCUCGAGAAACGCAGCCCCGAGGCCGCAUCAAAUGGAGCGAGAUAAACUACAACGUACCAGUUUCAGUCACGGUGAAAAGAACAAAAAAGCAGACUUCUCGAACAAGUGUCGCACAAGGAUAAGAAGGAUGAAAACUACGCAGGUUGACGACGAGGUGGAGCUACAUCAACCCCGGGCAAUAAAACGAAAACACAUUCGAGGAGCAGCCUUGACGUCGCUCCUCUCGACAUUAACAUUGUAUUUGACCGCAAGUACUAGUCCGAACUUGUUUGUCACCGCCCUGUAUGGACCGGUGUGCGAGCGGUCGGAAAUCCUUGCUACUAUUAAGAAUCCGAACAACAACCUGGAAGCGCCGACGUGUGUGUCCCAGUGCUCGGCCUCCAGCAGCUACGCCUGCCCCGCCACCAGCGGCGCGAUGGCGGUCAGCGCGAAGCCGGUGUGUGCUUUGCAGGGUGCGGAUCUCGUCUCAUUUUUCUGCGUUUUGGCGUGCAACGUGGACGCGGAUUGCCCGUCGAGUGGAUCGUGCAGGAGCAUUGCGAGAGGUAUUUUUGUAUUGGAUGGUGUAUCUUCACUGAUAGUAUGGCUGCACAAGCUCAACAAGCAACCACCUUUUUCCUACCUAGGAUGUUGUACUAGGUACUGUAGUCUUGUUGAUUUGAGAUUCACUGCAUCUAAAAAAUUGCAUGGACAUCAUGACACCACGCACGCACAGGGUAGAUGCCGUGCCUCUUGAUAUUCUUUUGGUUUCUAAAUUUGACAUAAAUCAAUCUUCAAUGUCACCAGCCCCGGCACAAAGCAAGUUGCUCGGCAUUUGCGUCACCCCGGGAUCAGGAUAUCAAAACGAUAAUGUUAAAAAUGAGGGCGGCUUCUACAAUUGCCAUGAUCGGCCGUGUCGUGCAUGAUAGAGAUAGAUCAGACGUAACAACACGAUGACAGCUCAAACAACCUCCUCCAUUUUUGCGGUUGAAGAAAGAAAAAAGCUUUCAAUUGAUGCACGACUAGCACUGGUGAGGUUGAAAGAACAUAUUUUCGUGCGCGAACGAAAUCACGGAAAAUCGUGAUCUUCGAUGUAUCUUUUUCUGCCCUCGUUGUGUUGCAGAGAGCACUUCUGCUGCAAGUGGUAGAAGGGAUGGCCCCCGGCCCUCACUUCUUGGCUUUCAUAAAAAAGAUUCCAGUACCACCAAGGUCGACGCUGGCCCCGGGUUCCCUCCGGUCCCUGGCCAAGAAGCGGUGUGGCGGAACAUUGGUAUAAAUCGGUUUUUCUUGUUUUCGUCACUUAGUACCUACGGGACCAAAUAGCACAUGCAAGCUUUUCAAGUACAACUACAAGCUGUAGCAUUGACAUUGUAUCUCGUUCCCGCUCUGCUUCACGACUUAAGUACUGAUUUUCAAUUUUUCAUCACAGGCCCUCCCACGAGCCCCGCUUCAUCCUCCGGCACCUAUCCCAGAAAAAAUCACCAUCAUCCAAUUUGCGAAUGAAUAUAAAAACACAUCCUUACAAUACAGCUAUUGUAAAAAAGAUAGCAAAACUAUGUGUGUUGUGCAUGACAAACUCAGCUUGUUGAUGGUGAUUUUAAUCAGCAGGAUACUCAAUCCUCCAACUCCAAUGCCAAUGACGCGCUGCAGCUGCUGGCCCGGACCUACAGCAUUCCGGCGACCGAGCCAGCGCUCGUCACAGUUCAGAAAGCGCUGAACGGAGACGCCUCCGCGAGUGUCCCUGGUGGUGGUGCAGGAUGGAGUAGCAGCACGGGAAACAUGGUGCCCUCGAUGGACGGAAAUUGGCUCGACGACACACUGCAUGACGUGAAGUACUUACUCAAGAAAUUUUUGGUUUGUUCCAUGUAGUUGUAGUUUUGGUGCGUCCACCGCCUGGACUAAGGGAAGUAGCAGAAGACUCAACUACAUCGGGAUGUUGAUGAGCAGCAAGUUAUUGCAAAAUUAUUAUAUACGCAAGGUAUUUCGAGAAGCACGUUCUUGACGGGGAUUUGAUAUCCAAAGAGCUGUAUCCAAUAGACAUACGUCUGGGUCUGGAAGAGUGCAAUUUUUGUCAUGCACAUUCAUUGUGCGUGAGCGUGACCCACAAUGGCCGUGAUGUGUGCCCCGGCAUCACAGGUUUUGCGAGAGGGGGCUUUUUCAUAUCUAUGCCGAAUGAAAAAUGCCCCCUAAGCGUAGCAAAAUAAACUGGACUCCUCAGACUCAGAGGCUGCUCAUGCAAUACUUACAGAUCGUCGUAAAGUUGAUGCUCUAUGCGUUGAGGUGUGGAAAAGCUCAUGCAGUAGACGAGUACUGGAUUGUUAUUUUCUUUUUCAAUUUCAAUCCAACGGCAGCAUGACUAAAACUCAAACUUUGCACCCUUCCAAACCCAGACCUAUUCACAAGUCAUAAGCCCCAUGACACCUACUGGAACAUCACCCAUCUGCACACGGGGGCGUACGCCAUUCUUCACGGGCUCUCGCUUUUCUUCCUCUUCUAUUGCCUCGUUGGUAUUGAAAUGUGAAUCGAUCUAAAGAAAAAUCAAGUCGAUUGUGAUAUGCAUCGUGUUGUAAUAUCCUGUCAGUGUUUGUGCAGACCGCAAAAUAAAAAGCGCCGAUGUAUUCGCCGGAGGGGCGUGUUCUUAACAGUAAACUCAAAACCCAAUUAUUGGCAGGUAUGUGUCUGAAGCACUACGUGGCAAAGGCCCAGGGCUACGAUCUCAUUCCGCACAAGGAAUUCUGGGCAUCGUAUCCCACACUGGUCGCCGACGGCGGGCACAUUGUGAAAAAUUUCGUCGUGCAGGAGGUUUUCCAGCGAGGAAAAGGCGCAGGAGGGUCGUAUGGACCUCGUUAUCAUGUGUGACAGUGCUCUGAAUAUUCAAAUUCUUAUUUCGGUUUUUUCAACAUCUGCAUCUCCCGGCCCCGGCGCACAAGAACAAAUAAAACGAAAGAGCAAAGAAGUUUUCUGUCAUGCUCCAACUCCCCCUCGAAGGAGCAUUGUGAAGCCGACAAGAGGUGAAUUUCAUGGCUGCAGUUGUCACACAUGAUACCAAAAUGACAGAAUACAACAACUUCGACUACAAUUACCGUGGACCGACCGGCGUAGGAGCUGGUGGCGGGAGUGACCAAGCCGGGUUCGGCACGGGCAUGCUGUAAGUAGUGGAACAGGAGUCUACCGACGGAUAUAGCGCUGGGCUGUGAAACGGGAUCAGCAUCCGCAGUGGCGGCCGAAACCCGGCCUCGUGCAAGCAUUUCCCCGGUCCAUGAAAGAUUCCGGAUUUUGGGUGCGUAGACCGAAAGAGCUACUGGACGUGGAAGUGGAAAUCGAUGCUGCGAUAGGAGGAAGUACUACAAAUGAGCAGCAAAAAUGGAAAUGUCAGUCUCCGGGUGCUGUGAAAAGAGAAAGCACAAACCGAGCUGCCUGAGUAGUAGAGUAUUAAGUUCCAAGAAAAAUAAUCAGUAGAAGCGAGCAUAUUAAUACAACUGAUGAAGCUCUGCGACGUCAAGCAGAAGGUGC